AUGAAGCUAAUACUACUAGGUUUACUGCUGGGAACGCUGCCGGCUACUCUUGCUCAACAGCAUAACUUUACGUAUUCUGAGCUUCAGCCAUGUCCAAUGGGGUCUUUUGAAUUGGCCACGCAGGGGCCCAAAGAUGUUGUGAAACCUUGCAUUUUGUACGAUGUGCAACCGCCUAAUGUGUCUAAUAGCAACGCGACCAGUAGCAAUAACAAUAGCCAUGGUAAUACUACCACGAUUGCCAUUGUGCAAGUGACGCCUUCCAGUUGCUCCAAUCACCGAGAUGGCGCCGUGAUUCGAGUACAAAAGAUGAAUGCGGAAAACAAUGGCAAAGGAUGGGUGAUUGGAUUCAACAGUGAUCAUUAUCUGCAGUUUCGAUUGGUCAGCGUUGUCGCUGGAAACGAUCGAAACUUGACCGAAGCCACCUACCAAGAACAGCAUCAAAGUAUCUUGGGAUCCAUGAUUUCUACUUUGAAUGCCCCCUAUAUCAUUGGAUCGUGUUCCGGAGUCUCCAAUUUGGAAAAAUCAGUGGCCUUGGAGAAAAAGGCAAUUCUCAUGGCGCAGGUGGGGCCUCCAGGAUUCUAUACGGAUCGAAACCCAUAUGUCUUUGGCUUUCAUAUCAAUUCAGAUAUCUAUCCUUUGGCCAAUGUCCAAGCCUUGCAGUUUUUAGCCGACGCACGGAAUCAAGAUCCCAGUCAGUUUCCGGUAUCUGUCAUUUCUCGAACCAAAUCCGAGUUUUUCCAGUCGACUUGCCGAUCCGCAAUUUCGAGCCUCCAAUCGUCUGGCUUUUCUAAUUUGACGGAAUACUUUUACGAUCAUGCAGCAGACGAAGAUGGAGAUGGAGAUAUCAACCAAUUUGAUGAGGAUUAUCUGCAGGGACUGGCAGAUGCUGCCUGUCCACCGGGAUCGGGAGACAUCGAAGGCUUUCAUCCGGCAUUGUUUUUGUGCACCUUGACCGAACAAGAUAUUUUGAUUCCACGAUUGAUGGAAAAUGGGUGCAGUCCCACCUCCAUUUGGUUGACCGCGGCGACGUGGACGUGGGCCACGAACAAUCCGGAUGUGGUCCCCUAUUAUCAGGGCGGUGGCCAAUGGCACCCGGCCUUUGAUUAUGCCGACUCUUACUUUGAAUCGGGACAGGCUUUAUUGGAGUCUAAUCAAAAAGUCUAUGGUUAUGCCGGUAGUUACGAUCAGGUGGUCAGUUACGCCAUUCCGGCGGUGUUUGCCGAGCAUUUAGUGUCCCACUACCAGCUGGUGGAUGUGCCCGAUCCAAUGGCCGAUUUGCAGAAUGAGGAGGCCCGAGAAUUUUUACGAAGAGAAUUGACUGUCUUGAAUACGGAUACCUUGUUUGGGCCAGUGCGAUUCAAUAGAUUCCAGAGGAACAAUGGACGGGAUGCCGCCGCCACCCAAUGGCAACCAUUGAAUGACGACCGCUCAUUCCGAAAUGGUUUGGUCAGUCCUCUUUUGCAAGCCGAAGCACAAACCGUGAUUCCGUCCUUGAAUGCCUUGGAGUGCGAGGCUGGAAGCUUUGUCAACAAUUCCCUCAUAGAGGCGCAGGGUGCUUUGCUGUUGAACACGUGUAGUGGUUGUCCCUUGGAUACCUUUACCAAAUCACCAUCUCGAAGCAAACAAUGUGAAGUAUGCCCGGAAGAUAGUACUACGGUCGGUCUUGACACCAACGAAUAUUGCGUCUACCGUGAAGACAAUCUACUGCCCACUUGGAUGUUGGCAUUGGCAUACAUCUUGGUGACCAUUUCGUGGUGCUUGAGUCUGUUUUUUGCCAUUUGGCUAUUUCGAAAUCGAAAAGAUGCGGUCGUGCGGGUAGGCCAAAUCGAGUUUUUGUUGCUCCUAUGCUUUGGAGCCAUUUUGUCGUCGGCGACCGUGGUGGCACUGAGCAUGCAAGCCGGUACGGGUGAAGAUACUCGCUUUGCGUCAACGGGUUGUGCAUUGGCUCCCUUCUUUUACGCCAUUGGAUGGGUCCUACAAUAUGGUUGUUUGUCGGCCAAGACCUAUCGAUUGUAUCAAGUGAUGCAAAAUGCCAAUCGAAUCAAACGCAAAACGACAGGUGCCAUGUGGCAAAUCCUAUUUGCUUGUAUGCUUGUGGAUAUCAUUAUUAUGAUUUGCUGGGGUGCCAUCAAUCCACUUGAGUACCAACGAACAGAUGGCACCAGCAGUGUCGAUGAGAUCACAGCCACCGUCACGAUUAGCUCAGUGGGACGUUGCGUUGGAAGCAACCCGGAUUCUUCGCCGUGGUACUUUGCUGGUCCACUGUUGGCAUUUCACGUUGCGUUGAUGGUGUCUACCAAUAUCCUCUUGUACAAGGUCAAGGGUAUCAGUGAUAGAUAUCAAGAGGGAAAAUAUGUUGGGCUGGCAUCCGUUUUGAUGUUUGAGAUCUUGAUUGUUGGUAUUCCGGUCUUCAUUGCUGUGAGCGACAAUUCGGUUGCAGUUUUUGUAGUGUUGACUGGAUUCAUCACCUUGGCAGAUAUCAGUAUUUUGUGCUGCAUAUUCGUGCCCAAGAUAAUGUUUUCGAAAAAAGGGCUGAACGAAGGAAUCAGUGUUGGGGAGUCAAUUCUAAAGAAGAGUCUCAAGAAGGCGGAAACCAGAGAGAGUAUGCACAGGACCUUUUCCCAGGCGCCUAGUCGUUUCUCAUCUGCCAGUAAAGUCAGUUUUGCAUCCGAAAUCAUGCCAAAUAGUUCUGGCCAUUCUGAAAGAGGCAGGAUUACUCAGGAACCCGCCGAGAAUCCCUCUGAAUCCUUUGUCAAACAUACAAUGCCGUCUCAAAGUAGCUCUGCGAAUGGAGACUGCCAAGACUAG